AUGUUCAUCAGUCUGGCGCUCAUGAGACAUGACCCAUUAAUGUCCUCAUCUCAAAAGCUCGCCCAAGCACGUGUUAUCGCGCAGGAAUCGACGAUAAAUGCGCUGCUGAUUACCUCUGUUAUGGAAUUCUUUGAAAUGAUGAAGGGACACGGAAAGUACGAGAAAAUAAUAAUCAUUCAUCCUGGAGAACGGCACCACGAGGAUUCUGAGAAUGAUGGCUGA